AGCAGCACAGAGCUAAAGCAGUGCUAGCAAUAAGAAAAGAUCAUGUCUGCCUCAUAAAAACUAAUGAAAAUUUUUAUAAUAAAUGUCCAAUUUAACCUUCAAGAAAACAUGCAGUUUAAAAGUUUGAAGCAGGGCACCUACUUGCAUAGAAAUGAUAUGAAAUCUCAGAUUUUUAGAUCCACAGUAUGGCCCGGCGUAUUGCUGUGAUCGGAGGAGGCUGUGCUGGACUGACCUGCGUUAAGUGCUGCUUGGAUGAGGGUCUGGAUCCGGUAUGUUUUGAGAGCAGCGAUGACAUUGGAGGUCUCUGGAGGUUUAAGGAGACACCAGAGGCUGAACACUCCAGCAUGUAUCGUUCACUGGUCGUAAAUACCUCCAAAGAGAUGAUGUGCUUUAGUGAUUUCCCCAUGCCAGGACACUACCCAAACUACAUUCACCACUCCAUGAUGCUGAGUUAUUUACGGCUAUACUCUGAGCACUUCGACCUGCUCAGACACAUUAACUUCCAGACAACAGUAGUUGGUGUGAGACAGAGCCAUGACUUUUCUCAUACUGGUCAGUGGGAGGUGCUGACUGAGAAGAGAGACGGACAAAGAGAAACACAUGUGUUUGAUGGGGUGCUUGUGUGUUCAGGGAGCUUCACACACCCUGUUAUACCCCGCUCAGCAUUUCCUGGAAUAGACACAUUUCCAGGGAAGAUCGGUCACAGUUGGGAAUAUAAGGAUCCAUAUUCGUACCAUGGGAAGAGAGUGGUGGUUAUUGGCAGUGGCAACUCUAGUGGUGACAUUGCUGUGGAGAUCAGCAGAGUGACUGAAAAAACUUUUCUGAGCAUGCGUGAAGGAGCAUGGGUUAUGAGCCGUGUGUCUACCUGUGGCCUGCCUUUGGAUAUGACCGUAACUAAACGUCUGAACAACAUACUGAUGCAAGUACUACCUCAUGCUUUGCUCAACUGGGUAGCAGAGAGAAUGUUCAAUCAGAAAUAUGACCACAGGCUGUACGGACUCCAGCCCAGUCAUAGGAUUCUCAAAGAGCGACCCAUGGUUAAUGAUGAACUACCAGCACGCAUCUUACAGGGGGCAGUGCAGGUGAAACCAAACGUGAGAGAGUUUCGAGGCUCAACUGUGGUAUUUGAUAAUGGCGCUGUCGAAGAUGGAAUAGAUGCAGUUAUCUUCUGUACAGGAUACAAGCCAAGCUUCCCAUUCUUACUGCUUUCAAAGGACAUGAAUUCUGUGGGGGAAGCGAGCCUUUAUAAGAGAGUCUUCCCUCUGGUCCUAGACAGCCCCACACUGGCCUUCAUAGGGAUCAUUUCUGCCCCAGGGCCUAUUCUACCUAUAAUGGAGAUGCAGGCACGAUGGGCUACUCAAGUUUUUGCAGGUUUAAAUCAACUUCCUCCUGUACCAAUCAGGCAGAAGAUCAAUGAGAAAGACUGGAAGGCAAAUAGGAAAAGAUGCUUUUGUCCGAAGAACGCUCCUCUCGAAGUAGACUACAUCCCGUACUUGGAUACCAUCGCGCGGGAAAUCGGUGUGCGUCCCAAUCUCUUGUGGCUGUUUCUGACUGAUCCUAGUUUGGGUUGGAGGGUUCUGUUCGGUCCCUGCACCCCGUACCAGUUUCGGCUGUGUGGGCCGGGUCAGUGGGCCGGGGCUCGUCAGGCCAUCUUCACCCAGUGGGAGCGUGUAGCACAGCCACUCAAGACACGCCCCAUUCCUGAGAAAACCACAUCAGGAAUACACUACUGGCUGGGUCUGGGGGGAGGGGUGGUGUUGAUUUUUGCUGUCAUUGUAUUGAAGGAGAGAUCUAAACCAUUUUUUACUAUAUAAUUAUAUGCUGUGUGGCCUUCUUUGCAUUCACUCCUCCAGAGUUUCUGCUUAAUAUGCCAUUUCAAAUGUAUUAAUGGUUCCAAAUUGGUAACAUGACAAUUGCUGAAAUCAGAUUUUCUCUUUUGACAUACUGGAUUGAGGUCUAGGCUGGGACUGAUCAUUUCUAAAAUAAUGAGCUGCCAUAAAGUUUACAGCAGAUAUUGCUACCAAUCAGCUGCCUUACAUUUUCAAAUUGUAUGUGAAUGAAGCACUCUUUGUCAGUCAGUCAGUAGUUGUAGUGCAUCAGUUUGUAAAUGUAUGGCCAUAUGAGAAAAGAUGAUAGCGUUCUAAUGAUCUGCCUGGAGUCUAGAAUAUGUGUUUCUAUAUUUUACAUUAUAGAUGUCUAAAAAUCUUCUUUAAAAUACAACAUAGCACCCACUUGAUGUCCAGAAAGCAUUUGUAAGCUAGUCCACAAGUCCAUAAUACUACUCCAAGACUCCAAGUGAGUUUGCGUUUAGUAAUUAACUUUUUUUUUUACUGUUUUUUUAACAAGUUUACUACUGGAUAACGUUAAAUCAAUAUAUCAGAAAUUGAUACCAGUGUUAAAGUGAUUGUGUCAUUUUCUAAAUUAAUCCCUAAGUGCUACCAGUAUGCCAGGAAAUAUCAUCACUGAUAAAACUGAACUAUACUGUAUGUUUGCAGAUAAAAUUUACACUACUAUCAUUAAAACAAUUUUAACAAAA